AUCAUCUCUGACUUGUCAAGCUUACGUCUACCAUGGUCUACUAUCUACGCCGUUGAUUUCAUCGCCUUUUUGACCUGUCAUCCAACUUUGAACAGGCUGUAGCCAGUGGACGCCUUGUCAGCCUCAAUCAGCUAUUUUCCAGAAGUUCUCAGCCAUGGCCGGGUCACGAGAAGGCUGAAACUUCCAAUCAAAGAUGGAGGCUGCCUGAUUAAAGUACACAAAGACAGCAGCCACGUAUACCUGGUACUCUUGAUAUCGAGUUGCCGUUGGCUAAGUUACGAACAUUGAAACCCCAUAGUAAACAACACCAUCGUGCCACAUUGACAACUUUCACGUGCGGCUCGAGACCAGACAACGAUGAGCCGGCGUAUGCCGGCGAUCUCGCUCCAAAUGAACGGCCGAAGAUCGAAGGACAUACCUUUCAGCAAAGGUGCCUUUCUUGGAUCCCUUGGAUGAGGCUCCGGACCUUGGUUUCUGCACUGGCAAAUGCCCUCCUUCAAACCGUAUUGAUUCUGUGGCCGGCAACUCAUUCCUGGGGCAAAACAACCCAAUGGGGACUUCUACUCCUUGGCUGCGCCGAUGCCCGUCUGGAAUUUUCGACAAAAACUAAAGUCCACCGUGUCCAGUAUUCUGCACGUGGGACGUCACUAGUAGUCACUCCUUUUGAUGUACAGUAGAUUUUUAGAUCUCUCGAAUUCUGGAAAAUAGAACAGGUGGCUUCGGGGUGCAUGAAAUUCAGACUGAUGGCAACCCUCUUGGUCUAAUUCUCUCAUUGCCAAACAUAGUCGUUCCUUGAAGCAAUUUUGACCUGCGCCAGCAUGGAACAAGCAUAUGUCCGCACGACUUCCGACCUGCUGAAACACUUCGAUGUCACUGAAGCAGCUGGCCUGUCCUCUACGCAAGUCGCAGAGGCAAGAAGACGAUAUGGAAGCAACUCCUUGCCCGAAGAUCCCCCUACGCCCCUCUGGCAACUCGUCCUCGAACAAUUCAAAGACCAGUUGGUCUUGAUCUUACUCGGAUCGGCCGCUAUCUCGUUUGUACUGGCAUUGUUUGAAGAGUCGGACGACUGGACAGCCUUCGUGGACCCGGCGGUGAUCUUGACUAUCCUGAUUUUGAAUGCAGUUGUUGGCGUUACGCAGGAAAGCAGCGCGGAGAAGGCCAUUGCAGCGUUGCAGGAAUACUCUGCCAAUGAAGCCAAGGUUCUCCGAGAUGGUCAAGUACAAAAAAUCAAGGCUGAAGAGUUGGUGCCUGGAGACAUUGUCACAGUGACAAUCGGAGACCGCAUACCAGCCGACUGUCGGCUCCUAUCCAUUCACAGCAAUAAUUUUGCUGUGGACCAGGCCAUUCUGACGGGCGAAAGCGAAAGCGUGAGCAAAGACUGUAGACCAGUCCAAGACGCGCAGGCUGUGAAACAGGACCAGGUCAAUAUGCUCUUCUCAGGAACAACUGUGGUCACUGGGCACGCCUCUGCGAUUGUCGUGCUCACUGGAAGUUCGACGGCAAUUGGCGAUAUUCACGAGAGCAUCACCUCCCAGAUCUCGGAGCCUACACCUUUGAAAGAGAAGCUGAACGACUUCGGCGACACUUUGGCCAAAGUCAUUACGGUGAUCUGCAUCCUAGUCUGGUUGAUCAACAUCCAGCAUUUCAAUGACCCAUCCCACGGCGGUAGCUGGGCGAAAGGUGCGAUAUACUAUCUCAAGAUCGCCGUCUCGUUGGGGGUUGCUGCAAUUCCGGAAGGGCUAGCUGUUGUCAUCACAACGUGUCUCGCAUUGGGAACAAGGAAAAUGGCCACUAAGAAUGCCAUUGUCCGGAGUCUGCCUUCAGUCGAGACAUUGGGAAGUUGUAGCGUCAUCUGCUCCGACAAGACCGGUACUCUGACCACCAACCAGAUGAGUGUGGAAAAGAUUGUCUAUCUCAACGAGGCCGGAAAUGACCUGGAAGAGAUUGAAGUCAAGGGUACUACCUUCGCGCCCGUUGGAGAUCUCAUCCACAAUGGCAAACCACUCGUGAAUCCCGCCGUUACUUCUAGCACCCUGAAACAAAUGUCCGAAGUCCUCGCUCUUUGCAACGAGUCGAACUUGUCCUAUGAUCCUAAGACCAACACCUACCAGAGCAUUGGCGAGCCCACUGAAGGAGCUCUCCGGGUGCUUGUGGAGAAGAUUGGUACGGACGACGUGGCGACAAACAACACCAGAAAUGGUCUUUCUGGCGCUGAAAUAGUCCACUAUGCAAGCAAAUACUACGAGAACAAGCUUCCCUUGCAGGCUAUUUACGAAUUCUCAAGAGACAGAAAGAGUAUGUCGGUGUUGGCUGGAAGUGGUGAAAACCAAAAGCUGCUCGUCAAAGGCGCUCCCGAAUCGAUCCUUGAACGCUGCUCCCACGUCAUCCUUGGGCCGAACGGUCAGAAAGUGCCAAUCACCAAAAAGCACCUUGCUCUCAUCGCCGAAGAAGUCGUCGACUAUGGCCGCAAAGGCCUCCGUGUCCUCGCCGUCGCCAACGUCGACAAUGUCGGCGACAACAAACUCCUCCACAGCGCAAAGAGCACAACCGACUACGCCCAACUCGAGCAGAAAAUGACCCUGAUCGGGCUGGUUGGCAUGCUGGAUCCUCCUCGUCCCGAAGUCGCCGGCUCGAUUCAGAAGUGCAGAGAGGCAGGAAUUCGCGUCAUCGUUAUCACUGGCGACAACCAGAACACUGCCGAGACGAUCUGCAAGCAAAUUGGCGUGUUCCGCCCUGGUGAAGACCUCGUCGGCAAGUCCUUCACCGGCCGACAAUUCGAUUCACUCAGCGAGUCCGAGAAACUGCAAGCCGCAAAGACAGCCUCGCUCUUCUCGCGUGUCGAACCAACCCACAAGUCCAAACUCGUCGACCUGCUCCAAGCCGCAGGUGAAGUUGUCGCCAUGACGGGUGACGGCGUCAACGACGCGCCUGCGCUCAAAAAAGCAGACAUCGGUGUCGCUAUGGGCACGGGGACCGACGUUGCCAAGCUGGCCUCCGACAUGGUCCUGGCGGACGAUAACUUCGCCACGAUUGAAGUCGCCAUCGAAGAGGGCCGGACCAUCUACUCAAACACGCAGCAGUUCAUCCGAUACCUGAUCUCGAGCAACAUUGGUGAGGUCGUAUCCAUCUUCCUUACUGCCGCACUAGGUCUUCCCGAGGCCCUAAUCCCCGUGCAACUUCUCUGGGUCAACUUGGUCACCGACGGUCUGCCUGCAACGGCGCUCUCGUUCAACCCGGCCGACAACGACGUUAUGCGCCGGAGCCCACGCAAACGCGACGAACCCUUGGUCAGUGGCUGGCUGUUCUUCAGAUACAUGGUGACCGGCACCUACGUCGGUGCGGCCACUGUAUUCGGAUAUGUCUGGUGGUUCAUGUUCUACUCCGCCGGCCCGCAAGUCGGUUUCGCCCAGCUUCGAAAUUUUCAUAAGUGCUCAUCCGUCAACCCACUAUACGCGAACGUCGACUGCGCGAUUUUCUCGCCCGCCGCGGUUACUACGCGGACUGCAUCGACGAUGUCUCUCUCCAUCCUCGUAGUGAUCGAGAUGUUCAACGCCAUGAAUGCCCUGUCGAGCUCGGAGUCGCUGAUCACGAUGCCGCUGUGGAAGAACAUGAAGCUGAUCUAUGCAAUUUGUCUAUCCAUGGCGCUCCACUUUGCCAUAUUGUACGUGCCGUUUCUGCAGACUUUGUUCUCAAUCGAGCCGCUCAAUAUGGCGGAGUGGUCAGCCGUCUUCUGGAUCUCGGUGCCAGUCAUAUUGAUCGAUGAGGUGCUUAAGGCAAUGGAGCGAGCAUUCUUCCUGAAUACCACAGCUGCAGCACAUGAGGCGGACGUGAGUGAGGGCAAUGGGCAUGUGGCCAACGGGAAGGUCAAGGCUAAUUAGCCAGGUGGAAUGGACAACCGAUACUUUCUCCAUUGUGGUGUUGCAAUAGAGCCGAAAUCGUCUAGACAUAUAGAGCCGGGACGCUAGAAUGAAAUUCGUACUGCA